AUGUUGAAAGGACAAAGGCUUCAUCCGGGACAAGUUUUAAAAAGUAAGAGCUUACUUCUCUAAUCUAGCCGAUUGAUUUAGGUUUGUUCACAACUGUUCUUACCUACGAGCGAUUUUCAAGUUCGCGGUAAAGUUUGUGUUUAUUGUCUCCAAUGAGCCAUUCGCUCGACGAUGUAGAAAUGUUGUGUUGCCUGUAUAUUUCUCGAAGGCUUUGCUAGAUUAUAGAACGGAAUAAUUUUAAUUUGGCACUUGUUGAACUGACGCACAUUUUAGGAAAGUCAAACGAAAACUUUUUGCGCAUUUUAAUUCACGAACAGUAUGUAUUGCAUUAUGCUCCCUUUCGCAACGAACAGACAUAUCCUAACUGGGUCCUGGUCAAAAUGGCUGUAUGAAUUACAAAAACAACGGAAAAUAUGGAAAAAACAACGUUAUUGUCUUCCGCUUUGAGCGAUUUACCUUUUUAGGUGUACAUUUUCUUUGUUGAUAUUUGCCAGGUGGAAAUUAUUCAGUGGCACCAACAUUUUGAACCAAUGACAACUAGAGAGAACAGACAAAAAAGUUAACCUUUAUCACGACACUUUAUGAUCUGGAGAGUUAUUUUGUCACAUCUUUUCACCUUAAUCCAUUCAUAUUCUGUACAGGGCUUCAACUCCAUGUUCCUCAGGAAAUUUGAAUAAAUUGUUAAUUUUGAACACACAAAAGUGCGAAAACGCAAUAGUGCUAACUUCGAGGUUUUCGUUAAAAACGCAAAACGUAAUGAGUUUCUAAAUUCCGCCUAAAAGUUGUCGGUUGUUGAUAUUUGAGAAUCGGCAUUUCUUUAUUCAUUGCACCCAUUACAUUAUCUAAGUUGCCUUCACUGGAAUUUCACUCGAUUAGUGAACAAAAGUCCUGGUUUUUCCGGGUUCCAUGUUCAUGUUUCUUCUUCUUGUCAUUGGGCUUCGAACAAAGAAAAGACCAAAUUAUAACGCCUUCUACCAGUGGAGAACAUAAUGUUAAAAUUAUUUACUGUAGAGUCGGAUGUGUGAAUUUGCUUUCAUGACAGCUAAAUUAUGCUGUUUAGCAUUUUCAUGGUCUCAGUCCUGAUCUAAUUAUUAAGAUUUUCGUUUUCAAGUCGACCCUUAUUUUAGGCUCGAUAACCAGUCGCUGUUCGGGAAGACUGUUCAAGAGAGAGUCAUGGGAAUCGCCUCUAUCCUCCCUACCCUUAUAAUUACAAUGGCAGAUCGAUGGGGAGGGUCAGGAGGGGGUAUGACAUGCGCAAUUUGACGCGCGCGUAUCUUUGACUUGACUCCUGAGUUGCACGAGCUUAUGACGUGAUCUCUGAUUGAAUAAUAAACCGUCGUAAUUUUGCAAAAAAACUUUCCAAAAGGUUGACUGCAUCGGUUAUGGCUAAUUAUCAUCUAAACUGUAGAUGAAUCAGCGUCUUACAGGCUAUCACAAACGUGAAGGAAUAUCUUCAUCUCUUUUGGCAGCAAAGAAGUGAGCAGGUGCAUCGAACCAGGCCAUUGUGAAGGAUUCCUCAAGUUGCAGUGAUCAAGAACAAAUUGACGAUGCCAAGAACUAGGCUGAAGUGUACAAAGGAGCAAGGCAAAUAUUUUACGAGUAGUUUUAUCGUUUAUGUAAAUAUCGCCAUAAGUCUAAAAUACAAGCAUACAACUUCCUGAGGACGGAAAGGUCAUUAAUGAGAUGGAAAAGUCUUAAUGAGACAUAGCUAGUGGGCAAAUAAAAAUUUUGGUACAGCGCUCUUAGAUGCUGUUUUGACUCGAGACUUGUUGCAGUAACAGGAAAAUGAUUUAAUUGGCAUUCACUUAAAAUUGUAAACUUGCAUACUUAUUUAUAUCUUCCAGGGUUGCGAAGUAUUUUUAAAAGAUUCAAGUACGAUUCAGUACACUCUACUAGCCGGGAGUUAUUAGACAGUCAACUCAGGACUGCGCUGCGCUCCGGCGCGCCACCAAAACUCGUGCACAGUCUGCUGUUACGAGGUGCGAACGUUAAUGGUGUCGACUCGUUAGAUUACAGUCCUCUUCUCUUGGCAUUGACAACUUCAAGAGCAGAAAACAUGUUGGACAUUGUUGAACUUCUAUGCGAGUUUGGAGCUAAUGUGAAUUACAGUAGCGGCGUUUUCUUUGGUGAAACUCCUCUUCAUUUUGCUGCAAUGCACAACAAUUAUGCUCUCAUAGAGCUACUGGUUCGCUUUAACGCAAAUGCUCACGCGCGAAAUUUCGCGGGAUACACACCUUUACACUUUGCAGCGCAGAACGGCAACGAAGCCAGUGCAAAGGCGCUAUUUCUCUGUGGAGCAGAUUUGAAUGCUAGAGAAAGUUACUGUGGGUACACUCCUCUGCACUUGGCUGUGAUUGGUCAAUUUGAACACGCUGUCAAGGCGAUGGUGUCCUUUGGAGCGAAAAUUAACCAAUCGGAUUAUUGUGGUCUGACUGCGAUUGACAGGUGUAAAUCAAGCGCGAUCCAGGAAUUCUUGUUGGCUGCCAAAUGUACGACAAUGUUAAGUCUUGAACCGGGGUGUCUUUCUGUUAUAAGGGAAAGAAUAAGGAAAUACUCAGGAAUACGUGGCUUUGACAGUUUACCACUUCCUAUUACCCUGCAAAGGAAACUCAAACUGGAGAGUGGCCCGAACGAACUGUAA